GUCGACCUGCCUGUCUUUGUUUUUGUUUGUGUUUCUCCUCUCUAUUUUCUUCUUCGCCAUCCUGUGGCACAUUGUUUAUGGAAGUCACACUUCCAGAAGUUGGGCGCGAAUGGCAUCCGACCCGGAAGCGCUUCGGAGCUGGAGCCACCACACCUGCAACUGAUUCCGCGUCCAGAUGCUUCCAAUCAUCCAACAUUUUGAGCAGAGCUACUUAAUGGUGUGGUCAGAUGACAGUCAGAGCUGGUCUAAGCCUGGUAGUAGCCCAAGUAUUGUGUUGUGAGGAAAGUGUGCACCUGCAAGAAGAGAGACGUACUGUUUGCUGUGUUUGUUUCCACUAGGAACAGGGACUGAACGGAUUUCGUGGAGGUGGAUCACAAGCACUGGAGUAUUUCUGGAAAGGGGACAGAAAUGCACUGACACGCACUAUCUCGGAACUCGGACGAGAUCCCGUGGAUUGUUUGCACAUUGAACUGUUUACUGAACUAACUUUAACUGUAAAUAAACGCACUUUCUUUCAUCAAAGACAGUGAGUCACACAGACUGCAAUAGAUAGAUAGAACGAUUUUGCUUUAGUAGCUCAGUUUGUUGCUGGAUCAGACAGGCUGCUGGUAAAGGGCUGGAGUGUAUCAGAUUUAUACACACAGAUAGUACUCUUAUCCAUUACUCCCAGUUAGUCCAGGGUAGAUUAACCAUCUCCAGCAAUAAGGUCUAUCUAAAGGUGAACAAUUUGAAGACUGAGGACACAGCAGUGCAUUACUGUGCCAAAGGAUACACAAGACAGUGGACCAACACACACACACAGUUAAACAAGAUGGACUGUAGGACAGUGCUGCUGCUUUUUACUGUCUGCUGUGCAGAGGGGUUUGAGCAGAAUCCAACUGUUAAUACAACAGUUAUUAUCUCUUAUAACGGCACCAAUAUCACCCAAUGCGUUGUGAAAGAGUUUGUACCAAAGAAACAUGACCUCAAAUGGCUGAAAAACAGAAAAGAAAUCACCAGUGAAAUAGAUCUGCCAUUUACAGUUGUGACUACAAUUUCUGAAUCAAGAAAGGAUGGAAAGAAGGUGUACAACGCAGAAAGUCGUCUCACAGUAAAUUCCAGUGAUGUGAAUGCAGAUGCUGAAUUCACUUGUGUGUUAACGGGAGGGCAAAAAACAUAUUUGAAUAAAACUGACAGAGACAACCCAGUAGCAGAUGUUUCCACAGCUGCCGAUCUGACUAACAGGCCAACAGUGACAGUCCACAUCCCCCCCCAGCUGCACACUGACCAGUUAAAUCCUCAGGAUGAAAUCACUCUGGUGUGUCUGGUCACCAGUGCUGUGAAUAAGAUGUAUAAAAUUGAAUGGACAGAAUUUUUUGGAAGUAAACAUUAUUUCACAGGCACCAACGUCCCUCCACAGCAGAGCAAAAAUGACCUGAAAUGGCGAAGCAUGAGUCUUUACACCACCAGUAAGGAAAACUGGUACAAAAAAGAUCCAACCAAAAUAUUCACCUGCCAUGUCCGAUAUGAACAAACUCACCUUCACAAAUCAGUGUCCAGCAGCCCUGGUAAUUCCGUUGAAUGUGAAAAUAACUACUAAGCUUUAAAUGUGAUAUUUUGUACGUCAUUCUUUGUGAGAGUUUUCUAUAUGAAAACCUGUGCACUUGUGAUGUCAGCAACUGUGAGACAAAAUCUAUGCUUUUGUUGUCAUCAUUUUGUUUUUCAACCUGUCUGAGUCACAGUGUCAUUUAGUUGAUAUGUGUGAUGUCUGUUUGAAAUAGAUAUUGCCUGGAGACUCUUUGGUCUAUGUGUAGAUGAAUAACUUGAAGCGUCACUUAAAAAAGACAAUGUCACUGCUGAAGAGGAUUAAAGCAGCCUGUGGUUAAGAUUGUUCCUUAAUACAAUGGUAAAUAUAUUUAACCUAAAUAUGGGUCCUGUGAUUUGAACACGCAGGUUAAAUGCUUAACACAGUGACUCCACUAUAUAAACACUUCAUUGGGAGUAUAUAUAGUAUAUAUGAGUAUAUAUCAUUCCACACAAUUUAUAAGAGUAACUAUGAUUACAUGUCUAGUGUACACAGGUAUAUAUGUCAUAACAAAAUCCACAACACCAGCUGUGGCUAACUAUCAGUCAGUGCUGGAUCAUUGUGUGAAACUCUGUAGUACAGCUCAGAUGUGUUUACUGUGUGAAAGCUUACUUUAAGCUAAGGACUGUCUAGUCAUCGUUUACUCACCAUAUACUGAUUAUAAAUAAAUCCACUGUUUUCAUCAAAGGAG